AUGAAAAAUGGAGAGCUGACAAGGCAAGUAGCCAUCACGGUGGAUGGACCUCUACCAGGCUUCCUGAAGCUGGGCAGCUGGGGGACUUUUUACAUGAGACCUUUCAGCCGAGAACCCUUAAGAUGUUUCAGGUGCCAACGUUUCGGCCACCACCGCGCCAGCUGCACUCUCCCCAGCAGAUGUGGGGUAUGCGCAGGCCAGCACGAAACGGAGGAGUGUAUCAACAAACACAAAGCCGGUGAACAGACGACAGCAAAGUGCCCCAACUGCCAGCAAAGCCACCAUGCGUGGAACAAAAACUGCGGCACCAGACAAGGCCUCGUCACGACCCAGAAGGAGGCACAUAAAACGUGGAUGGUGAAGCACAGGCCUUCCUUGGCGAACAGCCCAGCCUUUCAAAACGGACCAGCACUUGCUGCCACUUCCACCUGGGGGGGCAAGAAAAUGAUUCAGCCAGAAGAGGAGGAGGAAGCACUGAUGCCACCAGCGACCGAGUUCCCUGCCCUAGGACAAGCUGCAGCUCAGCCAAGAUCAGGCAGUCGCCCCAGGCAACGCGUCCAAAUGCAACAAUCCAAAGCUCGACAAGCCACCCCACCGCCUCCACAGAAACAAGAACUGAAAGAUAUGUUCCAAACCUUUGUCACGGCCAUAGUCACCAUGAUUGGCAAGCAGGUGCCACAAGAGGAGCUGGCAAAGAUGGCAGACAAAGUGGUCAACAAGCUGGCAAUUCCACCACACACCCAGACGCGACCACGCCCCACCCACAGGCCCUCGAACCCAACACCAACCGAGAACAACAAAGGCGCAACACCAGCGUGCGCUCAGAUAGAGAGGGAGAAGACAGCACUCGGCAUCACAGAAGGACAGGAAACCUUGCUACCAGGAAACGCCACAAUAAGAUUCGCUGGCUACACAGCUUACCACUCACACUUUGCAGAAGGGCAGUCCCGGGGAUGCAGCAUCCUUGUAAAAACAUCCAUUGAGAGUAAACUUAUUGAACAUCCGAUUCACUGUGGGGAAGGAGUGGAGGUAAUAGGAGUAACAGUGAAGCUAAAGGGCAGAGAAAUCACCGUGUAUAAUCUCUAUAGCGCACCACACAACCCAGGGCUUGACGUCAGCGAGCUACUGGCCCUCUGCACCACCACGCCAACAAUCAUCGGAGGGGAUUUAAACGCUCACCACGAAAUAUUAGGGUCGAGGAGCAGGAAUAACAGACGUGGACACCAUCUAGCAGCAGUCAUGCAGAAUGUUCCUGAAGCUUGCAUCAUGAACACCUAUGAACCAACACACAUUGAUGGAGGGGUCCUGGACCUCACAUGGGUGUCACACCAUCUUCACACGGGAUCUUCCUGGAGCAUUCAUGACCACCUACCUAGUGACCACUUCGCCACGAUCACGACCAUCCCAUGCCCGCUCACUCCCAUGCAGCCAUCACCACCACGCUGGAAUAUCACCAAGGCGGACUGGGACAAAUUUCAAAAAGCCUUCACAACCUUUUACGAGAAUAGAGAAAUACCACAAACCAUUCAGGAAGCUGAGGAAGAGCUUACUCUGGCCUUCCAAACAGCUGCCAAUCAGGCGAUUCCACUCUGCAAACACACUGAUAGAAAACACAAAGACUGGUGGUUCUAUGACUUGAAUACGAGAAUACAACAAUCGAAUCAAUCAAGCGAGAAAAUUACACAGAAGACACAACACAGAGGCUACAAAGGACCUCCUCAGGGCAGCACUACGAACAGCAAAAGAAGGCACUAA